CUGAGGAGCAUGGGACUUAAUUUACCUCAUUUAGCAAUGGCUAAAUGGCUACUACUUUUCUUUGUCUUGGUUUUUGGUGCAAACGGAAAAAGAUCCCCAUUGUAUGGUGGAACCGAUGGGGAAAAUUUCAGUGACGGUCAGUCUCAGGGUAUUGUGAGAGUCAAGAUCUGGUCUGGGUAUAUUGUGGAUGGGAUACAGGUUCAAUCAGAUCAAGGGGGAGAACAUGUUUGGUCUGAUCCUCAUGGCACUUCAAAGGGGGAAGCCAAAGAGGUGGUUUUAGCUUAUCCGGAUGAAUACAUCUACAAGAUUUCAGGGCGCACUGGACCAAAUCCAUGGACUUCUAAUGGCUUGAGUAGGCUUUACUUGCACGUCAACAAUAGAAGGACCAAUGCCCAAACUACCUUUGGCCCAUUUGGUACCCACGACUACUCCAAUCAGACUACAUUUGAUUCCCCAGAAGGGACAGUGGUUGGAUUUUUUGGUUAUGCCUCUUCAACAACAUACUUCCGAGGAAUUGGCGUCUAUUUCCAAGAUCCUUGUGACUGUCCAACACCAUCACCACCGCCUUCUCCACCUCCACAACCGCUGCCAUCACCCCGAAGACCUUGCAAAGGCUAUCAAUGGAGCACAACUGGAAGUAGUUGUUGUUGCGUGGAACGCGAAUCUAAGAAGCACACAUGCUGUCAAUCAUCAACUCGAGAGUGCCCGCCCUUGAGAUAUGGCGAAGCUCUUCCACCAGCAUCCCCACAAAUCAAGACUGAGACAGUCCCUUUUCUAAGGUUGCUGAAGCCGUUGCUAGUAGCUCAAGCAUUUUUUGCAUCAGUAUCGAUGGAUUUCAUCUCAGGCUUGCCUAAGGUGGCUGCUUUGGAUGCUGUCAUGGUGGUAGUAGACUGCUUGACAAAGAUUAGCCACUUUAUUUCUUUGGCAACCACAGCAGAUGCAAAGGUGGUUGAGCUAUUCUAA